AUGACGAAUAAUCCUGUAGCUCCACCACCUCGUAAGAAAAAAAAGAAGACGAAGACAAAGCCUCCAUCGUUUUCAUCGAUUCCAGAUGAUGUCAUUGUGAACAUCUUAGCUCGGAUCUCGAGAUCUCACUACUGUUCUCUCUGCUUAGUCUCCAAGCACUUCUACUCUCUUCUCUCUUCUCCAGAUAUACACGCUGCUCGCUCCCUAAUCGGUAACACAGACGCUCGCCUCUACGUGUGCCUAUGGCUACCUACUCCCUCCUCCUCCGGUAAUCAUCAUAGCUGGUUUACUCUUGGCUACCGUAGCCGUCCGUAUCGGUUAAGUUUAGAACCAGUAAGAGUACUCUCUUCCUCGUAUUCACCCGACCGGUUAAACUCAACCACUGUAGCCGCACACUCCGAAAUCUACCAGAUAGGAGGAAGCAACGAGGACAAGCGGACCAGAGCCGUUAGAGUUUUUGACUGUCGGAAUCACACGUGGCGUUUUGCUCCAGACAUGAAGGUGGCAAGGAAACAAGCACGGUCUUAUUUUUUAGAUGACAAGAUAUAUGUAAUAGGAGGAUGCACAAAAACAGAGGAAGCAAUGAGUUGGGGUGAGGUUUUCGACUUAAAGACUCAGACAUGGAAGCCAUUGCCUAAGCCUCCUAGUUUUGUUGAUGACGCCCAUUCGUAUCACUAUGGUGUACUAGUUUAUGGAGGAAGGCUACACGUUUUCUUCAUGAACAACUACAAGCACUAUGCAUAUGAUCCUAGAGAAGAAAGAUGGUUACAAGAGGCUGGGUUUAUGGGUCUAGCACGUAUAAAAGGACCUUGGUGCGUUAUAGGAAGUUUAAUAUUUGCUGAACGUAACCGUAAGUACUUGUGGUAUGACCCAAGGAAUGGAAAGUGGGUAAUGGUUUAUGGUUUGGAUGACGUAUACAGGAAACGUGCUAAAAAUUACAGAACGACUCAGUUAGUUAACCAUGGUGGGAAACUGGUAAUUAUAUGGGAACAAUGGAAUAAGACUGAUAGGGAACACAAGAGUGUUCAGUGUGCGGUGAUUAGAUUGGAUCACAUGCGUUUGACUCCAUCAAGUAAUCUGUGGGGGAACGUGGAAAAGUGCGAUAGUGUUUUGAAUAUAGUCUACAUGUCAUAUGAGCUCUCAUGCUGCCAUUCAGUUUUGGUCUGA